AUGGACACCUGCAGCUUCACUUCCGUCAAACUGCUAUGGAUAUGGGACAAGAUGGAGAAGAGGCAGUACAAGUCCGGCAUACACAAAGCUUCUCCCUGGAGAUUGACUUGUUUGGGAAUGAACAUGAGAAUUUCACCAGAAACUUGGAGCGAUUGAUGGCCACAAUACAGGAGAGUUACUGCUCCAACUCGCAGUGCCCCAUCCGUGUGCAGGAGAGUCAUAUGGAGACUAUUCUCAUCAACCCGCCUCAUGACAUACCUCAUGGAGACCUAAUUCAGAUGGCAGUGGAUGAACUGUUCUGCUCUAGGAUGGAAGUGUGCGAAGAGAAAGGGAUGGUGACAGAUAUCAACUGUCUGUCUUGUCUAGGUGUGGAUGCUUGA